GAAACACGGACUCAAAGGAGGGCAAAAUGGGCUUGUUGCAGUGGUAGAUGCACGCUGGCAUUAUAUGUGGCAUGCAAUUGAUCAGCAUUCUGGAGAGACAGAUAUUUGAUUUCCUUGGAUACCAGUGGGCUCCGAUCCUCACAAACUUCAUCCAUAUCAUCACAGUGAUUCUAGGCCUCUUUGGGACAGUACAGUUCAGACCGCGAUAUGUGACCGGGUAUGCAGUCUGGUUGGUGCUGUGGGUCGCCUGGAACGUCUUCAUCAUCUGUUUCUAUUUGGAAGUGGGUGACCUUUCAAAGGACACAGACCUGAUUAUGACCUUCAACAUCUCCAUGCAUCGCUCCUGGUGGAUGGAGAACGGCCCGGGGUGCAGGGUGACCCCCGUGACCCCUCCUCCCUCCUGGGCCCCGGAGGACCACCGCUACAUCAGCAUCGCCGGCUGUCUGCUGGAGUACCAGUAUGUGGAGGUGGCCCACAGUUCCUUGCAGAUUAUCCUGGCUCUUGCUGGGUUCAUCUAUGCCUGUUAUGUUGUGAAGCUCAUUUCAGAAGAGGAGGACAGCUUUGACUUUAUAGGAGGGUUUGAUUCGUACGGUUACCAAGGGCCACAGAAGACGUCACAUUUGCAACUACAACCAAUGUACAUGGCGAAGUAAAAGGAUAACUGCCUUAUCAGCCAAUCAAAACAACAAACUGAUGUUUGGACUUUCUACAUAAAUGUCUUAACAUGAUAGUGUCUUACGAACUGUCGGAGGAACACAGAACCGACACUUUAACCUCAAAGACUCCAAGUGGAUUUUCUUUGUCUACGCCCAGAGCGCUGCCUUCAGGCGCGAGAGAGCCCUCGUGUGGAGAAACCCCUCAGCAGACUCUCAUCAUUGCGGCCAUUAGCAGUGCAAAACAGAGGAGCAGAUUGAGCGGACAGAUCUGCAAUAAGAAAGACUAGGAAUCGUGCAAUUGACCGAGUGGAUAUAGUGUCAGUGUCUCCAACUGGCUUUCACGGAAACCAUCCAUACUUAAAGAAUGUUCAUUAACUAGUCAGUAUGAUAUUAGUUAUCUUGUCCUACAAUCUUUCAAAUGGUGACUGGAGUCGAGAGUCAUUAUUCCAGUUGUGUUUACAAAGGGUCAUUCCAAGCAUUGGAAUUGCCGUUGGUGUUUAAUUGCAACCCAAGUAGUUUUUCUUCUUUCUCCUGGAUGUACUUGUCUUGAAAGUGCCAAGAACAGUUAUGAAAAAAAAAACACAAAACAAAAACAAAACAAAUAAAAAAUCAGUAGCUGCUAAGAGAUUCAUAUUUUUUGGAGUUAAACGAAAGUCCUAAAAAAAUAUGAUUUUAUCCGUUCGACGUCAACAUGGGAUCAACCGUAUUUGUUUGCAUGAGGUGUCAAAAUCUGUCGCGUAUUUAAUAUCUUUCAGCUAGACAUAGGCCGACCUUAGACGGGGUAGCAGUCGCUCCAAAAGGUUACUUGUGAAUAUUGUUGUUUUUUAAGACGGUGUUGUUAACAAGAUAAAGGAUAGAAAACCAAUUGUAACUUCUUUCUAUUUUAAGCCUUUUUUUAACGUGUGCAGGUGUUCACUCUUUUGUAGUAGACUAAUAAUUUAUUAUGCCGUGUAAGUGGGCCUUUUUUUUUCGAUAUUCCUGUACAUAUUGAGAGGGGUAGGAUUAGAGAUGCAGUAUUUCUAGUGAUGUGAUGUGCGAGGAGAUGUGUGGAAGAGUCUAAUCGGGUUAGAACGCUUUGUUUUGUGUAGUAACAGGAACCCAAGAAUAAUGAUUUCUCAAUGCAAUAGUUCCCCAACUUUUAAGCGAGAGGUUAAAAUUGCGCAAGAUGCUGAAGCUAUUCAGAUGUUCCCCCUUGAUUUAGCUGUGCUGUAUGACUUCUUUUGUAACCUGCCUCCUGAAUGAACACCAACAAAGAGUUUUUUAAUGCUGCACUUUCAAUCUCAUAAAAUACUGUGCAUAUUGUAGCCUUCGGAUGACAACCAUGCCAAACGCAGCUGAAUAACGCUUUUUCCCCUCCUUCAACUGAUAAUGGAUGAUGAAAUAUGUAUUUCUCCACUGUAUAUUAUCUUUUCCCUUAAACUGAUUCUAGUACCUGUGUGGAGUUGACGUAUAUCUGCGGUUUAUGGAAUUUUCUGAGAGAAAGUGCCUCAAAUGACAUCCUGUUAACAUUCCAAUAAAUGGCAAUCUGCUCUCAUCCAGAACGGCUGUACAUAAACAGAGGGUCUGACUGAGCUGUGUUUAAUCAAACCCCUUGUGAACUGCACUGGGAAAGCUAAGUGGCUUUGAUAAUUAAUAAAGAUAUUUAAUAAAGACCACUCUCCAGACCUCACUGGCAAAUAGUUCCCUGCAGUCUUUUGCUGCAAUCUUUCUGCAUCCGACUCAAUAUGAAGUGAUAAAUGUUAGUUUGGGUAAUGCAAUUAAUAAGAAUGAUGGCACUGCAAUUAAUAAGAGUGAUGGCACUAGGAAAGGAAAGCUGUAUGGGUAUGUCUCACAGAACCUUUCAAGAACAUAUUUGAGGUUAUAUUUCAUCCCCAAAGUAAAAAAAAAAAAAGAGAGAAAAUAUAUUUUGCCUUAUGAAAUAUGACUUUUUUUUGUCAUUUUUAAUUUCACAAGGAGAAUAUUACAGUAAUUAGAUAUUGAGAAUGACCAUCAAGAGUAUUGGGAAUUUAAAAAUAAAACAAAAUGGUAAUGAGAAAGAACGUUAUAACAAUAGUGUUACAAAAUAUCUUAAAUGUCUUGCAAAAUAAGGGACCUUAUGGUCUUAAAAAAAGGAUUAAUUAAAAAAAGGAUUGAUUAUAAAUAAAUAUAUAUAUAUAUAUAUAUAUAUAUAUAUAUAUAUAUAUAUAUAUAUAUAUAUAUAAUAGGAUUAUUUUUAGGACCUUAAUGGUCCUUAAAAAUAUUAUUAAUAUCUUAAUAUCUGAAAACUAAUAUCUUAAAUAUCUUAGUCCUGAAUAUCCUAAUGGAACACCUUUAAUAUAUGGUCCUAAUAUUGUAUUAUUAUUUUUAAAGCAUUCAUUUUAUUUAUUUUACUUAAUUAUUUUUACGGUGAAAUGUGAUUUGAACAUGUUUUCCAGAGAUUUGCCUGUGUAAUUGCAGUUGUUUGAAGGUUUUUGAUUGCCUCUACUGCUCAAAGAUGAGCAGAUUUUAGAUGAGCGAGACUUACAUCAUGUGCAAGUGACUUUCAAGACAUUUGUAAAUACAUCCUGAAUCAACAUGGUGCUUGAUUAGACUUUAUCAUAUCAAAUAAACAGGGCAAAGUUAAGGCAAAAAAAAAAAAAAAAAAAAAAAAUCUUGCUCUCAAUAUACUUGCAAGGCACAGUCUAAGCUUACGUGAGAUUUACCCUGCAUUAAUACAUGUAAAACAAGACUUGACAGUGUUCAUGUGAAAUUUGACUAUCAUACAGUAAUUAUGAGCUGAAAGAAACCUGAAUGAAAAUGAAUACCCUUCAGGUUCAGGAAAUCUUGCAUGAUGCUUCUACCCUGGAGUAUAUGUGAUGUCACCAUGACAAUGCUCUAACCAAAACUGUAAAUAAAAAAUAUGGAUUUAGAAAUUAGUUGAAAUUCUUGUGGAGUAUACAACAUGGUCCGAACGAAAUCACAAAUAUAGCUUUUAUUUGACAAUACAUUGUAAGAGUAGCUUAACCAUUCUCGUUAAUUAAAUGGUCAACUGAUAUUCUAAAACAAAUGACACUCAUGGUAGAUGCUUUAAGCAGCUUUCCAGGUUCUUUUUAUUGGGUUCAGUGCUGAGUUCUGAAUAGAUAAGCCUUUUCUAUUUCUGUUACUUUUAAAGAAUGACUGUAAAUAAAACCAGACUGUGUCAAUGACUCUUUA